ACACCUCGGACCUUAUCUUCCCCCUCCGCUCUGGCCAUCUGCCCGCGCUCCGCGCGCCCGCGGUGAUCGGGCGUCCACUGCCAGCGCGCGCUCCCGUUCCGCCACUGCCUACACCAGUUCGCCCAAUAUGGCUCCUCGGUGUCAACCCCACCGCGCCUCCCCCUACGCCCUCGCCGUCUCCGCAUCCCCAACCGCCACUACCGGCAGCGGCACGGCGCCAGAGAGCGGACGCGGCUGGAGGAGCAGGAGCCGGAGUGGGGACGCGGCCACUCAGGGGCAGGGGGCCCAAUACGGUCGGGCGCUCGGCGCCAUGGACGCCAAGAAGGCCUCGGUGGAGCCGGAUUUCUUCACCGAGUAUGGCGAGGCGAGCAGGUACGAGGUCAGCGAGGUGGUCGGGAAGGGCAGUUACGGCGUGGUGGCCGCAGCUGUCGACACUCAAACCGGCGAGCGCGUCGCCAUCAAGAAGAUCAACGACGUCUUCGAGCAUCUCUCCGACGCCACCCGCAUCCUCCGCGAGAUCAAGCUACUCCGCCUCCUGCGCCACCCGGAUAUCGUCGAGAUCAAGCACAUCAUGCUGCCACCCUCCCGCCGCGAGUUUCGCGACAUCUACAUCAUCUUCGAGCUCAUGGAGUCUGAUCUCCACCAGGUCAUCAAGGCCAACGACGACCUAACACCCGAGCACCACCAGUUCUUUCUCUACCAGCUGCUUCGUGGGAUGAAGUACAUUCACGCCGCUAAUGUCUUCCACCGUGACCUCAAGCCCAGGAACAUUCUUGCCAAUGCUGAUUGCAAGGUCAAGAUUUGUGACUUCGGCCUUGCUCGUGUGUCUUUCAACGACACCCCGUCGGCUAUAUUCUGGACGGAUUAUGUGGCAACAAGAUGGUAUCGUGCUCCAGAGUUGUGCGGCUCUUUCUUUUCGAAGUACACUCCUGCAAUUGAUAUUUGGAGCGUUGGAUGUAUAUUUGCUGAAAUGCUUAUGGGAAAGCCACUCUUUCCUGGAAAGAAUGUGGUACAUCAAUUGGAUCUCAUGACCGACUUACUUGGCACUCCAUCAGGAGAAACCAUUUCCAAGAUUCGGAAUGAGAAAGCUCGACGAUAUUUGAGCAACAUGAGAAAAAAGCCUCAAGUCCCUUUUUCUCAGAAAUUUCCUGGUGCGGACCCAAUGGCUCUCCAUUUGCUUGAACGACUACUUGCUUUUGAUCCCAAGGAUCGACCAACUGCUGCAGAGGCCUUGACAGAUCCAUACUUUACUGGGUUGGCAAAUUCGGAACGUGAACCUGUAACACAACCCAUCUCAAAACUUGAAUUUGAAUUUGAGAGAAGGAAGCUAGCAAAAGAUGAUGUUCGGGAAUUAAUUUACAGAGAGAUUUUAGAGUACCAUCCUCAGAUGAUGCAGAAUUAUCUUCGCGGUGGGGAUCAGUCAAACUUUUUGUACCCCAGUGGGGUGGAUCGUUUCAAGAGGCAAUUUGCUCAUCUCGAAGAAGGUGUGGCACAGGGUGACAAAACUAGCCCAAAGCUAAGGCAGCAUGUUUCCUUACCAAGGGAAAGAGUUGUUGGCAAUGGUGAUGAACCUGAAAAUCCAACUGCAGAUUACUGCAUAAAGUUACAUGUAGGUGAGGAACCGGCACACGCAUCAGUGACGGAUGGACUGAACAAGCCACUAUUAAGUUCUCGUAACUUCUUGAAGAGCGAAAGCAUCGGUGCUUCCCAGUGUGUUGUCAUAAAAGAAAAGCGAGAAAAAGAUGAAGAAUCGAUGUCAGAGUAUAUGAAUGAAGUAGCAGAUGGGGUACCGCAGAAGAUUGCUCAAUUGAAAACAUAAGUAUGUUGUUAUACAGGUGAUCAAUCUAUUUAAUAGCACGUAGAUAGAGUCUAAACUUAAGAAGACAGAUCAACGAAUUAGAUAUUUAAGUAACCGCAGUUUUAUGUUGUGUUGCACUCUCUCCCUUUUUUUACGAGGAGCUAAGAUAUAUUUGACUUCAACUCCUGAUUUUAGAAGAUGUAUAUCACUGUCGCUAUGAUACUUUCUUAGUCGAGCGUAGGAUAAGUAGAUCAUGUAAGUAGCGAUAACAAUGUAGUACUCAUUAUAUACAUGAAUGCAUCGUUUUAGUCAAA